CCCGCACAAGGCGUUUCCAGCCCCUCAACUGCCUGCCUGUGCCCUACACCACAAUAAUCUUCACCGAUUGUUGUCAGAAAGCACUUGGCUGAGUGCGCAGACGCAGAUAUGCCCGUGGGAGGCAAGCUGGUGCUCAAGGGAGGGCUGCGCGUCACGAGCACAGGCGUGGAGAAAAAGAAGAAAAAGAAGAAGAAGGCCGAGAAGGAGGUGACAGAGGAGCAGAAGAAGCAGCAGGAGGAGGCACUCAAGGCGUCGGGCGUGUCGGUUAUGAGCGGCAAGAACUACGAGGAGGAGUUUGCUCUGGAGAUGGCCAAGGUGAAGACGGGCAAGGCCAAGGCGACGCCGUGGGGCAGCGGCUACGCGGCAGCGCCCGAGAUCCUGCAUGGCUACACAAAGAAGGUCAAGGGAAAGACGGCGGAGGAGCGGCUGGACAUGCGGGCGGCGAUGAAGGCAGACAAGUUUUGCAAAUGAGCAGCCUCCGGAUCAGUCGGGGCCGGCGACACGUUCGGAAGGCGGUUGCGGCGCCACGUGCCUCCCCACGACAGUUUCUGUGCUGUCCUGCGCAGCUACCCAAUCACCAUUUUGUACAACUAUCUUGUGCUACAGUGAUCCCACUG